AUGGCCGGCGUCGACCUGAAGCGUACGUGCAAAAAGUCGAAGGUUAAAGAGGAACUGCAGGCACUUAUGCUUGAGAGCUUACGUAGGCGUGAGAUCUCGGAGCCUGGGUUCCCUCAUUCGAGUCGGCGACUGCCUGCUGAAGUGAGUGCUCCGAGCUUCAAGCGUUUGCCUUCUCUGCUGCGCACGGCGUCUCGUGAGUCUCGUGAGUUGCAGCUGGCCGGGGCCGCGCAAGCCGGGCAGCCCGGGCAGGUUGCAGCGAAGCGAGCGCAUGGGCGGCAUGCUCCACCAGGUGAGGCUCACGUGGCCCGAGCGCCCUGA